AUAUAGUGUAGACCCAAUCGGCCGCGCUGUCGCUAGGUCUUGAGCCUUUUGGUCCCUAUUGCAGGUGCCUGUCCGACAUUCCUCAGCGAAGAUACAAUGAACACCGACUUAGCAGAGGUUAAAGAGCCCAUUGCGAUCGUCGGCAUCGCAGCGGAACUGCCCAGCGGGGCAUGCGCCGACACGAAUCUCGACUACAGACAAUUCAACAAGUUCCUCCUAGACGGCGCAGAGUCGUACGUCCGCUUCCCCAGGGACAGGCUCAACAUCGACUCGUGGCAGGGCGAAGGCCUUGGCCGCAUCGCCACAGCCCACGGGUCUUUCCUGAAGGACGUCGACCUGUUCGACCACGUUGAGUUCGGCAUAUCGACGAAGGACGCGCGCGCGAUGUCGCUGAGCACGCGCAAGCUCAUCGAGCUCUCGUUCCUCGCGCUCCUCGACUCAGGGAUCGACUACCAGGGGCGCAACGUGGGCUGCUACGCCUCCGCGACGAACCACGAUAUCCUAAGCAUAGCCGAGCCGGAUGUGUACGAGGCGCAGGGGUCCUUCGGCGGGAUACCGUGCAUGGUGGCAAACAAGGUGUCGUACCAUCUCGACCUGCGCGGGCCGAGCAUCCCGGUCGACACCGCGUGCAGCUCCAGCCUGACGGCGACCCACCUCGCAGUGCAAGCGCUGCGCGCGGGCGAGUGCGAGUCUGCCGUCGUCGCAGCGUGCCAGCUGAAUCUCCGGCUCGCGGACUUUGUUCAGUACAGCCAAGGCUCUGUGCUGGCGCGGGACGGGAAGUGCAAACCGUUCGAUGCGAGCGCGGACGGAUUCUCGCGGGGCGAGGGCGCGGUGGCGAUUGUGCUCAAACCGCUCAGCGCAGCGUUGAGAGAUGGGGAUCACAUUUACGCGAACAUUCUUGGUACCGGAUUGAGCUCCUCGGGCUCCUUGGCUCCAGUGUAUGCGCCGGUGGCGAGUGCCCAGCUAGAAGCGAUGAGGCGCGCCUACAUUGGUACUGGCCGCGAUCCUCGAGAGGCCGACUACGUCGAGCUCCAUGCGACUGGAACCGCGGUGGGCGACCCGAUAGAGUGCAACUGGGUGGGCGAACACUUUGCGCGAGACGCGGAGCUCCUCGUCGGUAGCGUCAAAGGCAACAUCGGUCAUCUGGAGAUCACCGCCUUUCUCGCGUCGCUGUGCAAGGUAUGCGGUCUCUUCGAAACCGGGGUGUUGCCCCCGAACGUGAACCUCGCGGCGCGGAACCCGGCGAUUCGGUGGGACGCAUACAAACUGCAUGUCCCCCUCGAGCCGAUGGUGUUGCGCGCGCGCGAUGACCCACGAAAGCUCCUGGUGUCCAUGUGCAGCUCCGGGAUCGGCGGGGCGAACGGGCAUGCUGUCCUCGAGAGCGCGCCUCCCAUGCCAGCUGCCAGUGCCUGCCGUUCGGCUCUACUGGAUGCUCCUAGGCUUCUCAUGGCUGGGGGCCUCUCGCCCUCUUCGGCGGCAGGCGUAACGAGCUCUCUGCUAGACUUGGCGAGAGAAAACCCCGACCGGUUGCCUGCGAUCGCGAACAUAUACGGCCGCCGCGUGCGACAGAUGAAGUGGCGCAGCUUCGCAGUGGUCAAUCCCGGGCAAGCCCUGUCUGCGGUCGACUUCCCUGCGCCUACGCUAGCUCAAGACGUGCCGACAGUCUUUCUCUUCGCGUCUUAUGGCGUCUUCCGCAGGACGAUCGAAGAACUCGAUGGGUACCACCUCGAACUAACGGGCACGUCCCUCAUACGGGACGUCGGGCUGUUUGGUGACUUCCCGCCAUUGAAGACCCUCAUGGCCGUGUGGCCGAUCUCGGUCAUCCUGCCUUCGCUUACCAUGCUCCAGAUCGCCCUUUACGAUCUACUCUCGAGCUUUGGACUCCGGCCGAAUGUCGUCAUGGGCCAUUCCGCGGGCGAGACAGCUCUCCUAUACGCAUCUGGAGCUGCGUCGAAGCGUAUGGCUAUGGCGGUGGCCGUCGUACGAGGCAGGACGAUGACGCUGGUUGAGAACGCAGGGGGAGGGAUGGCCGCACUCUCAUGCGCGCCAUACCAGGCCGAUGAAAUCAUCCAAAGUGCGAAGGAAUCAUCUGAAGACGGCAUCUUGGAGAUUGCCUGUUACAAUGGCCCACAGGCGGUCGCGAUCGCAGGUCAUCAUACCCUGGUAGCCCGAGCGGUGGAGAUCGCGACGGCCCGCGGGAUCCUUGCCCGUACAAUACAAACAAACGUCGCGGUUCACUCGCCCAUGAUGGAUCUAUGCGAGGAGUCGUAUCGCCCCGAGAUGGUUGAGGCGUUCGCUCGCUAUGGACCGUGUCGCGCGCCCUCCAUUACGACCUACUCUACCGCGACAGGUGCUCUGCUGGAAGAAUUCUCACCGGACUACUUCUGGCACAAUAGUCGAGGACCGGUCCGGUUUGCACAGACAGUGCGGUCCGUGCUGCGGGCUCAUUCUACCGCUCGUUUCAUCGAGAUUAGCCCUCAUGCGGUGCUAUCGCUGUACCUGCAAGAACUGGGUGUUCCUCCUACCUCGAUAUUGUGUCCGAUGCGGCGGGCGAAGGCAUACGCAGCGCAUCAGGAGCAAGCUGUACUCUUGAAUGCGAUGGGGCAGUUGGUAACUUCAGGAUGCAACGCCAUCGAUUUCCGGGCGUUCAACGACUCCCCAUUCGCCAUGCGGGACUGCGACAUACCCCUACCUUCGUACCCUCUCGCGCGCAAGCCUAUCCCGUUCUUGCCUCGACAUUCGAAAUUGUUGCAACAACAACUAGGCCCCCUUGUGCGACCGCUGUCUGGAGACAACCUCAGGGUCAAUCAUGCUACACAUCCUGAGCUUGCCCAGCACGUCAUCAAUCAGGAACCUAUUAUGCCCGCUUCGGGAUUCCUCGAGAUGGUGUUAGAAGCGGGAGCAAACAUCGUCUGGAAUGUACGCUUCCACUCGAUGUUUUCGCUAGCCUCAAACACUCCAACGGCGCUCAGAAUGCACAUCGACGGGAAGCACUGGCGAGUGGUCUCGAGUGCUGUUGCCGGAGUCCAAGAAGAUAGUGCUGAUGAACGCAAACCUCAAGUCCAUGCGGAGGGCUUCAUGACGCUAGACCAAUACGACGUUGGCCAAUACCACAACUCUGUCCCUUCUGAUGUCUUACAGUGUUGCAAGCUCCAUGAUGCAGAUGACUUGUACUCCGGCUUUCAAUACUUCGCACAAUACGGCCCCGUAUUCAGACGUAUCAGGAGAUGCUACUUUGGGUCUAACUACGCGUUAGUAGAAAUACAAGGACUUGACGAGCCUUCUCAGUCUAAUUACGUCAUCCACCCGGCUCUGCUAGAUGCAUGUCUACAUGUUGUUGUGCAUCCUCGUUUCACUUCCGUCUCCGACACCAAUGUCUUUUAUUUGCCAUCUGCUCUUGGCUCCCUUGUUAUCGAACGGCAGAACCUCUUGGCGCCGCGGCUGGAAAGUACGUUGUACGCGUAUGCUGUCCUCACAGAUUGGCGGCCAGAUGAGAUCACAGCAGAUGUGCAUGUCAUUGACGUGGGCGGAAAAGAUCUCUGUACGCUCCGUGAUCUCAAGGUAGCUCGUCACUACAUCAACACUCCGACGCCUCCGCGUAGGCGGUUCGAGCUGAUCGAUCAACCACUGUCCAUGAUACCAUUUGACUUGGGAACCGAAGUUGACGUGGGCGAGGAAGCCGUUAUGAAAACGCUAUGUGCUUCCCGCGUCACUGCUGGCCAGAAAGGAGGAAGUCAAAUAGUGAACAAUACGCCGUGUACAUCUCAUUGUGGCGUCAACAUAUUGCUUGUUUGCGCCGCGCUCCAUGCCUCUCGCUUGGGUGCUAUGGGAAAGAGGGUGAUCACUGUGUUGGGAGUGGACUUCAAGUCGGGAUCGUUACAUGGGGACGCCCAAGCCCUAUUGCAAGCUUCGCUUGGACGGGCGAUAACAGUCGUGUAUCACGCCGCAGUCAUGGACGAGGACAUGUCUCAGUCUCAUAGUAUUCCUGUGUCCUGCAAGACAGUGGACUUCAGCACUCGUGCAUCUCGCCCGCACCAUCCUAUUUUCGACAUUGUCCUUUAUAACUGCUCUUCGCCGUGGAGCGCUCCAGACGUAACCACUAUGGUUCGCGCUUGUGCUACCUCCCUCAUUCCCGGAGGCUUUCUAUUCAUUCAAGGCGUUCAAUCAGGUUCUGGAAACGGCUCGGGUCCACACCCAGAUCCUUCUGGAGCUGCCCAGGUACAGACCGAGCUGAGCCGUCUGCACUUCCAGACCCGCGCCCGACAUCUGGUAGCAGGCCUGCCGACUACUCUGAUAGAAGCACACAGCUCGUCUCUGUCAUUUGGCCCCGACCAAGCCUGGUCGGACCGAGGGGGUCGGGCCCAUGUACUCUCAUACCGCAUUGGGGACGAGAGAAGCAUUCAAACAGCCUUGGCAAAACUUGAUGUCAACGCAUCUAUCUGUGUCUGGAUACUGGCGCGCGGAGAGCGGGACGGCGACGCUGCACGAGGAUUUACUCGGUCACUCAGGAGGGAGUUAUCUGCUUGGGAUAUCGGACUCCUCAUAUCUGCCCCUACCUUUGACAAACAGGAGGUGGAGCAGUUCGCUCGUUACCUGUCCUCGCACCGCAGCAUGGAGCGCGAGUUGUAUAUUGCCGAAGAUCGCCAGCUAUACGUCCCCCGCAUCCGUGAAGUCCCCAUUGGCCCUCCCAACCCGACGAUUUUCCACGUCGCCGAUGUGCGCUCUGGAUACGUGCAACUUGACCCAGUCUUCAAUUACGAUGUCGAGUCCGAACCUCGUCACCAUUGCCUAGCCGGGACAAUUAUAGCCGCCUCUAACGAAGAUGCGACGGCGCUGGUGGGUACGAGGGUGGUCACUAUUACUGCGAAAACUUCCGAAGUUGGUGCACCCAUGACUGUGCGCCGAGACUCCAUGAUCCCCAUACCUGAUCACUGGGAGUUGCACAGAGCGCCGUUGCUCGCACUCGGCUGUCUGGUGAUCCGUUCUGUACUCGGCACGGAGAAAAUUUCACCGAGAUGCGCAGUGGACGAUGCUCGCCGUAUCAUUGUCGUGGGUACAGACACGCCGCUGGGACGUGUGCUCACCUGUAUCCUGCGGCAGCUAUGCAUCGGCACAGUCGGAUUGAAGCUACAGGCGUCUCCCCUACACUUCGCAUCACUCCUUCUAGGACCUAGGGACAUUGUCGUUGACCUAAGCGGCCACGCGGCCUCGAGCAUCGCCGCCACAUUCGUAGGACGCAACGGCGUUCGGCAUAUUCGCAUGCGCGAUGUAUCUCAACUGCUGUGCGAAGCGACGCGCAGCCCGCAGAUCUUGACAACAAUGCUACAGAACGCAAUUCAACUGAUACCGUCGGGCGUAUCCAUUGACAGCGGGACAGCGCAGCAGGUGUUGCAUCAUCCUCAGACACUCUUCCUCAAGUUCAGCGCUAGCGAUGUGUAUGUAUUGAUAGGAGGAAUUGGGAGCUUGGGUAUGCACAUCGCGUUGUGGAUGUACGAGAGAGGAGCCAGACACAUAUUGCUUACGUCUCGCUCUGGACGUCAAUCGUUGGAACGAGCUGGAGAUGUCCUUGCCAUCCGCAUUCUGAAUUACCUGGAGAGCCGCGCGGACCUGUCCUUGCGACUGGUUGCAUGUGAUGCCGCCUCUUUUCAUCAAAUGCACAUGACUCUCUCGGGCGUCGCACAGCGCAUCGCUGGUUGUAUGCUCCUUUCAGGCGUCCUCGUCGAUCGCACCUUUUUCUCUCAAGAUGCAUCUACAUUUGAGGCGACUUUCAGACCAAAGCUUCAAGCAAUCAAGACGCUGGAAAGUGUAAUUCCAAUCAAGAGCCUCGACUUCCUCGUCGUGUUCUCUUCUAUUGCGUCAUUCGGGAAUACCGGACAAACGAACUAUGCCAGCGCGAAUACAGCUCUCGAGGGAUACGUAAGGCAAUACAGGAACGCCUUCGCUUUGAUUACUCCUGCCAUCGUCGAUUCGGCGGCCAUCAGCAGUGCACUUAGGCCUCAAGAACGUGAAUCGCAAAUCGAGCAUCUGAUGCCGUGGGCGUUCUCUGCCGAAGAGCUCAAUAAUUGCAUCGAGGACGGUAUACUCCUAUUGGCGCGUGAGCCCGUGGGCGUGUACGUGCCGAAUUUGAAAUGGGAUUUAGUCCGCCAACAUCUGGGUCCGUCUCUUCUCUACGACUAUCUAGCAGAUAGCAACCCGCGCCCCGCUCCCUCAAGGACGCAGCAAAUGAGCCGCGAUGAUCUCUUAUUCAUAGUGCUGCAACACGUGGACGUACCUGCCGAUUUCUUCUCUCCCGACGCUCCUCUUUCACGAUACGGCAUGGACUCCCUAUCCGCCGGUCGCCUGGCAUACGCUCUGAAGAACGUUGUGACCGUCUCAUCAAUGCAAUUACUUGGAGGGUUGAGCUUCGCCGAGCUACACUUGCGGACCACCACCUCAGGGAUCGCUCAGUCCGGUACUGCGGAUGAUCAAGGAGAGGUGACGUUCAAUUGGCUGGAGCUGAGUCAGUCCGGUCGGCCGCUGGUGAAGCUGGUGAACCGUCAAGGCGACACACCCCUUAUAUUGGUUCACGGGGCAAGCGGGAGCAUUGUCUCGUUUAUGCCCCUUCAGCAGACGUUCACGUCUUCUCUAUGGGUGUUGCAGUCGACACCGGACACGCCCAUGCACUCGCUUGACGCCAUGGCUGCCUACUACUACAAGGCCAUCAAGGAUGCUCAGCCCAGCGGACCGUAUCGCAUUGGGGCGUACUCCGGGUCAUCUAUCAUCCCAUUCCUCAUCGCGGAGAGGAUUGUUAAAGACGGCGACGUGGUGGCGCAGUUCUCUCUGCUCGAUCAUUUCCCUCUCCUGUUCGCUUCCCCCUACCUCGAGCCAGACGACGCUACGGUCCGACAACGCACGCCCAGCCACGCAUUCAUGAAUUCUUUGCUGCAGUCAAUGCUGCACAUGUAUAGGGCCGAACCAUCGAUAUCCCGUCAACAAUUCACCGGAUGAAACUUUCGAUCCUUCAAGUGAAAGAUCGAUAAAAUUGACACAAUCUUUUUCACGAUAUUUCGUAUGAAAGAUUGUCAAUAAAAGUCAGAAACAAUCAAUUAAUCAUUCAGACUCGAAGUAUCAGGAACAG